AUGGCCAGUUACCUGCCCACCACUCUCUCUUCCCUGCCCCACCUCGUGCCCUCCACUUUGGUGGGGCGGCUCGCGCUGGUCAUAUGCGGUCUCGCAGUGUUCGCGGUGCUGCGCCGUCGGUCCCCGUCGAACCUGAAGUACCCUCCUGGACCCCGUGGCCUUCCCCUCAUUGGCAACCUUCACCAACUCACUCCCGAUGCUUGGUUCCAGUUCGCGGAUUAUAAGGAGGUUUACGGUCCUAUCGUGUACCUCAACCUUGCUGGACAGAAUGUCGUCGUUUUGAACACCCUGAAGGUGGCAGCCGACUUGCUAGACAGGAGGGCUGCGAUAUAUUCCUCCCGCCCGAAGUUCAUCGUCGCGCGCACGCUGCUGACGGAAGGGCUCUUCUUCGUCUUCCAAGGCUAUAGCGACUUGUGGCGGCGGAUGCGUCGUGCUGCCCACGAGGCUCUACACCGUGGUGUUGUGCACGACUACCAUCCGACCCAGACCCUCGAGGCAACGAUUCUCCUCAAAGACAUGCUCACCGCCCCGAACGAUUGGGAAGACCAUCUUGAGAGAAUGGCCGGGUCGACCAUUCUCGCGGUCGCAUAUGACAGGGAACCGCUGAAGAACGUCGCCGAUCCGUCUAUGCACACGCUCCAUAACUUCACCAAGAAGAUCGUGCGCGCAGGUUACGUAGAUGGAUAUGUCGUCGAAUUCUUCCCCUGGGUCAAUGCCCUUCCCGCAUCGUUGGCUCCUUGGAAGAGAGAGGCUGCGGAGUGGGCGCCCCGUUUCUCCAAGCUUUUUUCAGGACUCUACAAUGAUGUGAAGCUUCGAGUGUUGGAUGGCGACACUCGCCCGAGCUUCUCCGCGUCCAUGGUCGAGAAACAGAUCAAAUACGGUCUCAGUGACAAGGAAACCUCGUGGCUGGUCGCAACGAUCUCUGCGGCCUUUGAGACUAUGUCGGGCACAUUGACUUGGUUCAUGCUAGCUAUGGUUUUGUACCCCGAUGUACAACGGAAAGCCCAGGCAGAGUUAGAUGCAAUCGUCGGCCGCAGUCGUCUGCCUUCUUUCGAAGACUUCGAAAACUUGGUCUACAUCCGAGCCAUCAUCAAGGAGACACUUCGCUGGCAUCCAGUCGGCCCGCUCGGAAUGCAGCAUGUCUCGACGGAGGAUGACGUCUAUGAGGGUUACUUCAUUCCGAAAGGGACGAUCUGUAUCCCGAAUAUCUGGGCGAUUAACCGUGAUCCGGACAUGUGGGGUCUCGAUGCCGACCAAUACGUGCCUGAGAGACACAUUGGUCCUGACGGUAAACUGGCACCUUCACACUUGGACACGAAGGAGGAGGGUCACGUCACCUUCGGAUUUGGCCGCAGGAUUUGCGUCGGUCGUCACGUAGCGCGGAACUCACUCUUUAUCAGCAUUGCGUAUCUUCUUUGGAUGUUCAACAUCAAGCCUCCUUUGGGCCCCGAUGGCAAGGAGAUCGAAUGUACCGAGAAGGGCAUCGAUCUUGGCUUGGUCGUCCGGCCUCAAUACUUCAAGCACCGGUUCGAACCGCGCUUCCCGGAUGCUGUAUCGGUGUACGAAGCCCACAGGGAGCUAAUGAACGUAAACUGA